AUGUUUGGAUCGGAAAUAACCCUUCAACACUUUUACGUAUCAGAUGAGCAGGAUUUGUUCCUUCAGUGCUCCUCAUUACGUCGUCAAGUAUUUUGCGAUGAACAGCAUGUAGAAGAAUCAAUUGAGUUCGAUGGUAAAGAUGAAGACUGUCAGCACAUUGCAGCUUUUAAGAGAGGAGGCGGCUGUGUCAUUGCUACUUGUCGCUUACGUUUUGUUGAUUCCUACGUGAAACUAGAACGAGUUGCGGUCCAUAAAGAUUGGAGGAAACGAUAUAUUGGUUAUCAGAUAUGUCGACAUGCUAUUAGAUUAUUAGAAAGUCACCAUCAUGAGAAAAUUUUGGUGACGUAUCCGUUUUGUAGCGCGAUAAAAUUUUUUGAAAAUCUUGGUUUUACGGUAAUAUCGGAUGAAUUCACGAGUGCUGAAAAGGCACACAAAAUAAUGCUCUAUUAUCCUCGAAGAGACAGAUUAUCGAAAUUAGAUAUAUGUAAUAUUGAUGUUAUCAAUCGCAAAUAUGCGCAAGGUGAUUGUUUUGAUUCUUCGGUUAUAAAAAAAUUAAACGAUGCCAUUCAGUCAUUCAAGGAGCAGAACAUUCCCAGAUUAGUACAUUUACAGUAUCUAGCAGAUGAAAAUGUUAUUGGUUUAUCGUUGAUUCGAGUUUAUAGAGAAUGUGCUUGUGCAACACUAACGCAAAAUUUCAAGCGAAGCGAAGAAUUGGAAAAUUUUCUUGAAGCGAUGGCUUGGGAAAAAUUAAACACUGGUCAUUAUGCGGAAGUGAAUGAAGCAUGGAGGAUUUUGUACGCAAUAGUUAUGUCUUGUAAAGCUGUUCGCUUAAAGUUUGAACAAAAAGUGCAAGAAGCACUACACGCAUGCGAUAUGGGAUUGAUUAUGGGUCGUGAUGUUGAUGGAUCUUCCUUGUCAAGUUUUGCUCAUUCCUUGCAUUCCUUUUUACCCAAAUCAACAUUUUCUGUAUUAAUAAAAACAAAAAAGCUUAUACAGCCACCAGCUUCUCUGUCAAAUUCAUUAAGUAUCGACGUUUACGAUCUUCCAUCGUUUGAAACAAUGUUGGAGAUUAUGAGGAAGCAAAAACCAGCUAUUAUAACAGGCCUGGUAAGCCAGUGGCCUGCCUUUACAAAGUGGAGUUUCUCAUAUUUUAAUGAAAUUAUUGGCUAUCGUACUGUUCCUGUUGAGAUUGGUAGCAGUUAUGCUGAUAUGAGCUGGAAGCAAACUCUGAUGAGUUUUCAUGAUUUCAUUGAGAAAUUUGUAGAAAAUGAGAGUCCCGAUGGUCCAGGUUAUUUUGCGCAACACCGGUUGUUUGAUCAAGUUCCAGAAUUACUUAGUGAUAUUAUUGUUCCUGAUUACUGUGCACUUGGAAAAGAUGGAAUUGAUAAUGUGGAUAUGAAUAUCUGGAUUGGGCCUACAGAAACUGUUUCUCCACUACAUUUUGAUCCAAAAAGUAACAUAUUCUGUCAGGUAAUUGGCAAGAAAUUUUUACGAAUGGUGCCUGAAGCUGAUAGUAAAAAUGUAUACCCUCAAGAAAAUGGAAUUUUGACGAACACUAGUCAAGUUGAUGUACGUAAUCCCGAUUUAACAAAAUUUCCACUCUUCGCUGAAGCUCAUGUUUUUGAUUGUGUACUAAAUCCUGGCGAAUGUCUGUAUAUCCCUGCUAAAUUCUGGCAUUAUGUUCUUGCUCUUGAUCCUAGUAUAUCAGUGUCUUGUUGGUUUAAUACCGAAGUUUAG